AGAAAGUCUCUAUAAAGAGAGUUUGUUCUUGACAGGCGAUUGUGCUCCUCCAACAAGGACAGCGCUGUCCUUAUUCUCAGACUGUUCUUAUAAACUAGAGGCCUUGUAUCGCAGUUGAUGCCAUUGGUGUCUUCAUGCAGAAACACUCGAUACAGUGACACGAGAAUGCUCUGAUCCUAGAUAUGAAUGCCUUGCCUGUAAUCUGGGCACUCGAAUACAACAGGUGUACGUCGAUGUGUUGGAUUCCUGUCGGUCAUGGGAAUGGAGCACGCGUCUGGAAUUUUGCUGGAAUCCUGACAUUGUAGCGCACUUGAUAAAUGUGCCGAAUUGUGGUGGUGCCCUUCGAAAUUUGUGGAUUGAUUCCGCUGCAUGGACAUUUCAAAUUCCUGAGCCAAGCGAAACAGUCGUGUUCGCAUUUUCGGCCUGGAGGAUAGUGAGAAGAGAAGUCCCUGUAGAGCAGUAUGACGGGAGCGCCGGGCAGGGGGAUUGAGAAAUCCAAACGGAAGAAGAAGAAAAAAGCAACUGCUGGAAAUGGCCGUCUACUGGAAUCUGAAGCUCGUGAGUCUAGCAAUGAUCCGGAGUUUCGACUCCAGAGAGGAACCAGCAGCUAUGGUGUGCAGCCUUUAGGAAAUCUACUCUUCCAGGAAUCUCCUCAUAACGUCAGGGAUGUUGGCCUGGGUAGCCUGAGAUUACUGACCGAUGAGAUUUUGCUCGACGUUUUGGGUCUUCUCUCUGCAGAAGACUUGGGUAAGCUGGCUCUGGUCAGUAAAUCAUUUUACGUGUUCGUUCAUCAGGAUUCGUUGUGGAGAAAUCUUGUGUUGAACGAAUUUCGUGGAGACUUCAUCUUCAGGGGAAGGUGGAAAAAUGCGUACAUUACUACUCGUUAUCCCCAAUUCAGCGGCCCUACGCAUGUUCCACUGAAAGUGAAGGGAUUUUAUUCCGACCAUAUUUUCCAAAGCUGGCUCUGUGCCAGCUUAGAAAUUAAAACGGAGUGGCUCAGUCGGGACAAUAUCGAGCGGAGGUCUAACAUUAGCCUGGAGGAAUUUGUCAAGGAAUUCGAAGAACCCAACAAACCUCUUCUUCUGACGGGAGCUUUGGACCAUUGGCCAGCGCUUGCUAAGUGGGAUCGAGAGUACCUGUUGAAGCACGCGGGAGAAGUGUCCUUCGCUUGUGGACCUGUGAACAUGAAAUUGAAGGAUUACUUUUCCUACUCAGAUUUAGUGGAGGAGGAGAGGCCUUUAUACAUUUUUGACUCAAAGUUUGCGGAGAAAGCCCCCCAACUCGGCAAGGAUUACGACAUACCUGUAUAUUUCAGGGAAGAUCUUUUCUCUCUCCUGGGAAACUCGAGACCGGAUUUUCGAUGGUUGAUAUUGGGUCCAGCGAGAUCAGGCUCAUCUUUUCAUAUCGACCCGAACAGCACGUCUGCUUGGAACGCUGUUGUCAGAGGAUCUAAGAAGUGGGUUUUGUAUCCACCGGAUGUUGUGCCCCCUGGAGUUUACCCUAGUCCAGAUGGUGCUGAAGUUGCCUCUCCAGUGUCCCUCACGGAGUGGUUUAUGAAUUUUUACGACGAGACCCGACGGCGUAAGGAGAAGCCUAUAGAGUGCAUAUGCAAAGCCGGAGAGGUGGUGUUCGUGCCGAAUGGAUGGUGGCAUAUUGUUAUCAACCUCGAAGAAUCAAUAGCCAUCACACAAAAUUACGUCAGCAGGAGUAACUUACUGAACGUUCUGGAUUUUUUGAACAAGCCCAAUUCGAAGGAAUUGGUAUCCGGGACCAGAGAUCGGGAAACUUUGUACGACAGAUUCAGGAGAACGUAUGAGAACACCUUCCCAGGUACCAUUGAAAAUUUGAGCUGUGAAGCGGAUGAGAAAGCAAAAAAGCUUCUGAAAGAAAAGAUCUCUUUCUGGGACACUGUGGCAGACAACAAACAGGGGGGAGGUUUCAAGUUCGGAUUCUAAAAACCUUCGAAUGGGCACUGAGCAUGUAACUUGGAAAUUAAUGUUUUCUCGAAGGGUCUUCAUCGAGGAGCUUGGCAUCACGAAGAGCUCGACACGUCACUCCCUCGAUUUGACUUCAUCCAGAAGAGUACAUGAUGGCUCUCCCGUUUCGUUACGAGGAUUGUUCCAGGGAUAUGAGGAUUAUGAUUACGACUCGCAUGCCCCAUCAGACCUGUUUUCAACGAACUCCUUUCGCGGGGUUGAAUGUAUAAAAUGCUCUCAUUACACUGCCAAAGGGUAAUUUUAGCCUUUGAGCUGACAGUAUAUUCUGGCCGAUGGU